UGCAUGGAAGUGUUCAUUGUGCAUGUUGGGGGGUUGAGUUAUCUUUUGAUAUUAUUUCCUGACGAACUUCCUAUGCUUACCUUAUUAGGCAGAUUCCCUAGCAAGCAAUUCUCUCCUUCUGUUUCCCUCAGAAUGUAUUUAUAUCACCUUCAUUGCUGAGGGAUGGUUUUGCUGAGGACGGAAUCUUCGAGCGUCUCCCCCAGCACUUUGACUGCGUUUCUCUGCUCCCGUCUGGGUUGUCUCCUGUUUGUGUGAGGAGCCCUUCAUAUGUUGCUUCUCCUACGAUUUUCCUCCUUGCUUUUAGGUGUCGGCCAUUUGCCUCAGUGUGGAUCUCUCUGCCUUAGGGUUUGCUGAGCUUCUCGGAUCUGGAGAUUAACGCUUUCUAUCCAAGUAUGGAAGCUUUCAGCCCAGAUGUCCUUGGCUGUCACACCUGCUACUUCCUCCCCGCUUUCCUCCUCGGAGCCCUGUUACCCGUGUGCUGGUGCGGUGGACUUGGUUCUGCAGGCCUGAGGCCCCCUUUUUCCUCUUUCUUCUUCGGACUGGACACUUUCUGUUGUACGUCUUCAGAUCCACCCAUUCUCUGUACUGCUGUCUCCUCCUGUCUGCUGUGGAGCCCAGCUAAUGACCUUUUUUAUUUCUGGUAUUGCACACAUCAAUUUCAGAAUUUCCAUUGGCUUCUUUCCAGUCUUUCUCUGCCUACAGCUUUCAGGUUCACCAGUGAUCAGACCGAGCUUAGAGUCAAAUAUCCCGAACCCACGAGGCCUCCCCCUUCCACUGAAGGCUGUGCCUGGGUGGGGAGCACCCCAGAAAUGAGGUGGGGUCUGGUCACUGUGGGAGUGACCCGGAAGGGCCCAUCUCCCUCCCCGCCUCUUCCCUUGACUCGCUACUUCCUGUCCGCUCUCCUCUGCCCUGCCUUCUGCCAGGCAGCCCUGCCUUGGAGCCAGAGAUUGUGGCUGAACCUCCAGAAGCACCCUCUCCACCUGAGCGGCGAGUGUCAGGAACAUCCAAUACUGGGACAACCCUUUUUUGUACUUCAUCCUUGCAAGACCACUGAAUUCAUGGCUCCGGUAUUAAAGAAUUCCCAGGAAAUCAAUAGGACCAUCAACUACAUCACGUCGUGGCUGAGCGUCGUGGGGCCGGCGGUGGGGCUGAAUGUACCUCUGAGUUACGCCAAGGCCACCUCUGGCCAUGCAGGAGAUGCCGACUGACAGGAUUCUCCCACUGUGGCAGGAAGAGCUCCCACAGCGUCCCGGCCGGCAGGUUCUCAGGGGACCAGCGCUGUGCGGCAUUCCCGCCACGGGGCGGAAAACGCCUGCUGUAACUGCUAUGUGAUGUACUGAAUGUUCAGAGGAGUCGUGUCAAGGAUACAAAUCACUCUAAAGAGAGCAGUGGGAAGUACUCUACAGAUACGCAGCGAGUGCUCCCCUCUGCGUACCCCACUGUCUCGCGGGGAGCGACGGUCUGCUUGGUUUCUCCUGUGCGUCCCCGGGGCCAGCCCUGGGACAGUCCGACCGGCUGUUAGACCGCCUGGAUUCGAUUUUCUCACUGAAG